GGAUGGUGACGGCGGCGGUGUUGUGUUUUGGUUGGUCAGCUGAGCAGGCUGGCUGGUGUGACGCCGACGGCCACUUUCCGUGUCCUCCUGCUGCUCCUGCUGUCUUGCUCCUCCGUCAGAUAUACAGCUGCUGAUGUGACCGUCUUGAAGUCAGCAGAAUGCAUCGGCUGUGCAGGAAGGAAGUUCUGGUUGUGGUUGUGGUGGGGCUUAGUUGUUUGGUAGCUCAAGUGAUACCAGAUACUGACAAGAGUAAAGGUGCUGCCGGUACCAGUAGUAGCGGUGACGCAGACAAAAACAAGAAUAAAGAGAAUCUGAAGUCUGCCAAGUUACCUCCCUGUGCUGCCUGCAAGACCCUGGUGGAAUCCUUCCAAAAGGGAAUCGAGUCGACUGCUCGUGGGAAGUUUGAAGGCGGAGACUCUGCUUGGGAAGCAGAGAAAAUGGUGUCUUAUAAAAAGUCUGAAGUGCGACUGAUAGAAAUUCAAGAAAAAAUGUGCAAGGAUGUCGAGAGAGGUCAAAAACAGUGUGAAGCUGGUGCAGAGGCACACGAGGGACUGCUGGAAGAUUGGUGGUUCCGGGAGCAAGAGAGACAGCCUGACCUACACACGUGGCUGUGUAUCGAUACCUUACGAGUGUGUUGUCCCGCCAAUCAUUAUGGGCCGCGGUGCCUACCGUGCAAAGGGGGUAUAGACAACCCUUGUAGUGGGAAUGGCAAGUGUAAGGGUGCAGGAACAAGGAAAGGCAGCGGAGAUUGUUCUUGCAAUCCAGGUUACAAGGGCGACAUGUGUGACUCGUGUAGUUACGGCUACUAUGAGGCGUACAAAGAUGACACGAAACUCCUGUGUGAAGAGUGCCACAAGUCCUGUAAUGGCCCAUGCAGUGGACCUGGUCAGAAAUCUUGUGUGGCAUGCAAGGCAGGAUGGCUUAUGGACACGGAGAAAGGUUGUUUGGACGUCAAUGAGUGUGCCUUCAACAAAUCACCUUGCAAAAGAAGCCAGUUUUGUGUGAACAAUGAAGGAACAUACACCUGCUUAGAAUGUGAUAAGGCAUGUAAUGGGUGCACAGGCGAUGGCCCCGACAUGUGUGAAAAAUGUGCUGAGGGACACGUGUUAGAUAAGGACAUGUGUGUUGACAAUAGUGCGCAGGCUCGAGACAAACACAUGACGUUCGCACGCUAUGUCACAUACGCAGGCCUAACGUUAGCCACGUGCAUCAUCCUCCAGAAGAACACAGUUAUCGCUGCCAUUGUUGGUCUAAGUGUGGCUGUGUACAUCAGCUUCUCGGAGUACUACCUCAAGGACACGACUGCACCCCCAGUCACCCCCCAGCUCCCACCCUCUAUGUUCUCCUCCCAUGAUAUGAAUGAUUAGGAUUCAAAAUGCUUAGUAUUGUGUGUGUGCAAGUAUGAAGUCUUGCAUUUUACAACUAGGAUAUCAAAUCCUGUAAUGAAUUUUAAUUAUUAAAUACGUGAUUGCCAGCGAGCAAUAGGUAUUAAGUACAAGUGACAAAAGUACAGCAAUGCAUUUAGAAUAGACAAUAUUAAGAGAUGUGUUCAGUUGACAAACGUGCAGGCAAAUACAUGCAAUUGGCAUUCUGUUGGCUUAUAAAAUGUUAGUAACAUCUUUGUAGUUUCUGGCUCCUAAACAUUUGCAUGUGACAAGAGGUUUCCAACAAAAACAAUUAUUUUUGGGGUAAUUUAGUUGCAGUUGUGAAUUAGCCUAUUUGAAUAGAUUGGACUUUAUUUUAUAUAUGUAUAAUAUAUAAUUUGUUAGAUGAUUUGUGUUUUACAGAUUUGUGAAGCUUUUAGUUUGUUUCCAAUUGUUCAUCUUCUCAAGAGCUUCUCAAUAGUAUUUUCAAUAAAGGCACAAAAUAGUUUUUCCCCAAUUUCUUCACUCUUCGUCACUGCCCAGACAAAUAUCAGAUGGAACAUCUAGUGGCAGGGGGAAAAUAAAUCUUUGCUUGUUCCCUGGAAUGAUGCUUAUGCCUUGAAGCCCCUGUCCUCCCCUCCCCUUUCCCAUCGCCUAAUGAAGGGGGUUAAGAAUUCUGUGUUUUUGAUCAUUUUCUGUGCAUCUUUCAUAUACUUAGUUUUUUUUAUGUGCCAUGUAGCUAUAAUUUAUUUUUGUAAUACGUUCCGUGGAUUGGUUGUAAUUCAUGGAAAACAUGAUAUUAUUCUUAUUUACAAAGUUACCUUUUUAUUUAACUUAAUUAUUUUUCUAGUGUGAAAAUAUUCACAUGACAAUGAAGGUUGUAACUUCGAUUCAGUUUAGUAUGCAGCAUUCUUCCUAUAUGUUUGAUAACUGGUUCAUUUUCAUUUGAUAAUUUCCCCAAUAUCUUACUCGCGUUAUCUCUGAUAAAAAAAAAAUGUAAGUGACGAACGAUGAGAGGUAUUAUGUUUUACAAAUUGUCUCGCUAUGCAGACGAUGAGUCACAGUAACGUGGCUGAAGAUAUGAUGACCAAACCAGACACCAGAAGAUGAGAUGACAUUUCGGUCUGUCCUGCACCAUUAUCAAGUCGAUUGUGAUAAUGGUCCAGGAUGGGCCAAAAUGUCGUCAUCUCAUCUUCUGGUGUGUGGUUUGUUCAUCACAAAUUGUCUCCAUUAGAAUGCUUGCUGAUUUGUAUUAAAAACACAUGAAAAAUGUAUACUGUAUUCUAUACAGAUUAGUUGUGAUGCUUCCUUGUUACUUCAAAUAUUAAUAUGGCCAGUCUUCCUUUUUUUUUAUGGUUGGAAUAAACAAUUAUUGUAGCUGAAAAUAUCAAUAGGCUGUACUUGCACCACAGUUAAUAUGGAUAGCCAGCUCAAGACGAGGAAAUUAUAAAGAGAGUACUGUAUACGUAAAACUUAUAUUGGUUUCAGUUAAGUGUUCACUUUAGCCUGGAUCAUAUAGCAGCCCUUGCAUUGAAUAGAGUUGGUUAAUGCAGCUUUUGGCUCAUUUGCCAUAUAUUUGACCAGCUGAUGGGAAACCUUUUGGACCCUCGCUGGACUAUACCGUAUUUGGUUGUAUUCAGACAAGGUUUAGCUUUCAAAUAGCACUCGAGUUGUUGAUAUUCAUGGUCAUGCAUCAUCUACCUCUUUUUGUUUAUAUAUUAGUUGCUCCUUUAUUGUUUUCAUCUUCAGUCUUGAAUAGAAAAUCAACGUUGUGAGGUUAGUGUCGUAGUUACAGUAAUUCACCAUGAAGGUUAAGCCACUGAGCUCUUUCACCAUUUUCAUACCUGUUAUAUUAAGACAAACUGUAAUUUAUAGAUUAUUAAUAAAGAAAUAAUUGUGUGUGAAGUUAUUAGAUCACUCUGCAACAGUCUUUUAAUAGCUGAAGUCAUCUUAAUGUGUUCCAGUUUCUCAUAAAGAUUUUCUUAAAAGUUAA